GAAUGGCGUAUGGGGACAUCUACUUUCCCCCGGAGCCAGUUUAGAAGAAGAAGAAGAAGACGGUUCUCGAAUAUAAACAAGGAUACGCAUAUAUGAUGGACGUAUGACCAGAUAUGAAAGUGGUUAUGUUUAUGUUAGUUCACAUAGAGGUUUGAUAAAUUACGAUUGAGCGUUAGUAGAUUCGAGUGACGAUAUUAAAUAUCGUGGACGAAAUGAGGGGCGUAUUGAUAUUUAACCAGCUCAACGACGUAUUGUUUACAAAAUGCGACAAAGAAUUUGCGGACCACAUCCGCAGAUUGGCAAAGGUGCAAGGACUUCUUGACGAGAGCGAGGACAUUGAUUCUACACCUAGUCCCAAUGUGGUGAUGCAACUGUUUUCACCCAUUGUCACCUCGCAGCGUGUAAUGACCACGCAAUUUGGUAACUCCUAUACUUCUAUGAAGUGCCAGGAUGGUACCAAUGUGGUAUUUGAUGAAUAUAUCGGCUAUACCUUUGUAUACAUUGCCACAGAGGAAAUAGAGCUGAUGAGACGUACAGUAGGAGUAUGUGUAUCCAUUGUGCGACAUGUCUGUGGUCCAGAUAUUGUAGUAUUGAAGACCAGCCGGCAGAAAGCUUGUCUAGUGUCUUCGUUGCUGGAUGCAUGGUGUCAUUUGAGAAGCAGUGAACAGAGUAUACUGACAGAAGCAGUAGAGCAGUUAUCCGUUAAUUCGGAAGUUGCUUCUUCGAUUCUCAAAGUCUUACACGAUGCCUGUGAUAAGCUCAGAACACAGUCCGAGUUCGCCAACCUUCAUAUACUGAUUCUUGUAGGCGCCAAGUUCUUGUCGCUCUACUCUAGCAAACAUGCUCACGAUCUAUGCGCCUCGGAUAUCUUGUUGAUAAUCUUACUGUGCUGGGUAGUGAAUAACAAGCGAAAAAGAAACGAUCGAUCGGAAGACAGUGAGCCUGAUGAUGUCUUGCUGUCAGAGACCAAUGCCUAUUGUAGAAACGAAAAAACAAAAUCAACAUUCGGAGUCAAGUUGGCCAAUCCCACUUCGGAGGAUAUUACGAAUCUUUUCGGUGGUUCCAGAGAAUCUUCCGUUACCGAGGGCCUCUCAUCCUUGUCCGACGAUGAUCUCUAUAGCCAAUCGUUGUUACUCGGUAGUCAGUGCGAUCACACGGCCAAUGCGGUACACGUGUUCGAGUUAUCAAACUCCGUUCAUCUGAUAACCAUCGUUGAGUCGACAAACCCAGCCAUUUCCUCUGGAUUGUGUGACAGCUUCCGUUAUUUAAAUCUUGCGAGCAAUUUACAGCUUCAACGGGAUUUGGAUGAGCUCAAGUCAGCUGUUGAGAACUUGGAUACAGCGAUUAAGAAGCUGUUGGAAGGAAUUAGGAAGAAUCGUUCUAAUAUCGGCAACGAUGUCGACAUGUGUCAAAAACGAUUGCAGACCAAGUGGGAUAUCUUGAAACGGAAGUACGGCGACUUGCUACGCAUCCGCGAUCCCGAAACAAUCUUGCAAAUUGAAGCCAAUACUUCCGGCCUUGCCGAGACAUUGAGAGAGUUGUUAAGAUUAACUUGCUUUGACAGAAACUUCCUGAAACAGGGUUUGGACGUUCUUACGACAGUCGGCAGACUCGUCCGACAAAAACUCAACGAUUUCAAUGACUUCUUGAAGGUUAAAGCAUUGAAGAAUUUUACGCUAGGAUCGACAACUUCCCUAACUAUCAACAAGUAUCUCGAGGAGUUCCCGGGCCUGGUGCAUUUUAUUUACAUCGACAGAACGACUCAUAGACUUGUAGCGCCUACAUUGGAUUUUACAAGUCCAGAAACGCUCGCUCUUACAACGAAAAAGAUUUGGGAUAUGGUUGAGCAAAGUAGAAUGCAUCUGCAAGAAGGCCAUCUGUCAGUUAUGUGGAAAGAUACCAUUUUUAAUUAUUCCUAUUUCUUGUGGUUCGAGGACAAUUCCGGAUGGUCACCACCAAAGUGUAAAGUUUACCUCAAUCAUGUGAUGAAGAAUUUCCCGGUGCCUGGUAUACUGUGCGGAGAUUAUUAUAGGAAAUUAACUGAGACUUGCUUCCCCAAAGUCUCGCCUAGUAAAGUUCGUAUUCACGAGUUGUACUGUGUACACCUGGGCUUGGCUACAUCCACCUGCGUUCUGGAACACUCUCGACGACUAGCGGCUACUAUCUGGGAGGUUAUCGGGGUACCGAGCAAUCUUGCUGACAUAUUUUGAAAUUAGUGUUUCUCUUUAAAAAUGGCUCUUGGAUUGGAAGAUUUUACAACUUUCGUCAUAUCCAAGGCUGUACUACUACUAUUACCACUACUGUCGGAAAAUCGGAAGGAACGCAAUUCGAGAAAUGUAAUUAAUGUAUCAAUAUUAUAUAUAAACUGGCAUUUUAAACAUUAUAUGUAUAUAUAUUA